GUUCCGCCUCGUCACGCCCACCCACGGCGGCGGCGGAGGGUGGCGAGCUGCGGGGCGGGCGGGGACGCUGCCAUCGUUUGGCUUCAUCUCCCGAUCCGACUCGAUCUCGGCCGGGCCCGCCCGUCCUUCCCUCGUAACCCACCCGAGGAACUCACCAUGUUCUCCAGGAAAGGCCACGCCGACGCCAGGAAAUCCACGCAGAAAGCUCUGGACCCCAAACGGGACGUGCUGACCCGCCUCAAGCACCUCCGGGCGCUGCUGGAUAUUGUGGAUGGAAGUGACCUGAAGCAGUUUUUUGAGAACAAUUAUUCUCAAAUUUUUUUCGUCUUCUAUGAAAACUUCAUAACACUGGAAAAUAGCCUGAAACAAAAAGGGAAUAAAUCACAGAGGGAGGAGCUGGACUCCAUUCUCUUUCUUUUUGAAAAAAUAUUGCAACUACUACCUGAGAGGAUUUUUUAUCGAUGGCAUUUUCGCAGUAUAGGGUCCAUUUUGAAGAAACUUUUGCACACUGGAAACUCACUCAAGCUAAGAUGUGAAGGAAUCCGACUGUUUCUUCUCUGGCUUCAAGCACUUCAGACUAACUGUACAGAAGAGCAGAUAUUAAUAUUUGCAUGCCUUGUGCCUGGGUUUCCACCCGUUAUGUCCUCGCGAGGUCCCUGUACACUAGAUAACGUCAUUAGUCCUUCUAAUUCACCAGAUGCUAAGAUUUUUCCAGAAGAAAUCACCCCGCUUUUGCCAGCUGUCUCUGGAGAGAAAAUCGCUGAAGACCAAACCUGCUAUUUUCUUCAGUUGCUAUUAAAAUAUAUGGUAAUUCAGGCUGCAAGCUUGGAGUGGAAGAAUAAGGAGAACCAAGACACUGGUUUUAAGUUUCUGUUUACCUUAUUCAGAAAAUACUACCUUCCGCACUUGUUCCCAUCUUUUACAAAACUAACUAACCUCUACAAACCUGUUCUAGAUAUUCCUGAUACAAGACCAAGACCUGUAUACAUUACUGCAACACGAAACAAUGAAAAUGUCUAUAGCACAAAAAUUCCAUAUAUGGCAGCUCGAGUUGUAUUUAUUAAGUGGCUUGUUACUUUCUUUCUUGAAAAGAAAUACUUAACUGCCGUUCAGCAUACAAAAAAUGGAGGAGAAAUGCUCCCUAAAAUUAUUCAGACUGUUGGUGUUGUAAACCAAGAUAAAAACCCUGAACUGGAAACCAGCAUGACUUAUACAAGCGAGCAAGAGAGAAGCCAUUCCAAUAGCAGCACGUUAUCUGACCGACGGCUCAGUAAUUCAAGCCUCUGCAGCAUUGAAGAGCAGCACCGGACUGUCUAUGAGAUGGUGCAGCGCAUCCUCUUGUCCACUCGAGGAUAUGUUAACUUUGUUAAUGAGGUGUUUCGGCAGGCAUUUUUGUUGCCUUCCUCUGAUAUAUCUGCAACACGAAAAGUGGUGAAGGUGUAUCGAAAGUGGAUCCUGCAGGAGAAACCUGUGUUCAUGGAGGAGCCAGACAAGAAGGAAAACAGUGAGGAUGCUGUUACCAGCUUAGAGGAUUCAUCAGCAGAAACGGAUGGUAAACAUCUUUCCUCUGACCAUUCAGGACAUAAGCGCUCAUCCAGCUGGGGAAGAACAUACUCCUUUACCAGUGCUGUGAACAGAGGAUGUGUAUUAGAAGAUGAGGACAAAAAUGUUAAAGCUGGUGCUCAAGCUGCAUUACAGGUGUUCUUGACAAACUCUGCAAAUGUUUUUUUAUUGGAACCAUGCAUUGAAGUCCCUGUGCUUCUGAAGGAGCAAGUUGAUGCUUGCAAGGCAGUUCUGAGUAUUUUUAGGCGCAUGAUAAUGGAGCUAUCAAUGAAUAAAAAGACAUGGGAGCAGAUGUUACAGAUACUUCUCAGAAUAACAGAAGCAGUGAUGCAGAAGCCAAAAGAAAACCAAAUAAAGGAUACGUUUGCUCAGAGCAUGUCAGGAUUACUUUUCCGAACCCUCAUUGUGGCUUGGAUCAGAGCAAACCUGAGCGUCUACAUUUCUCGGGAGCUGUGGGAUGAGCUGCUUAGUGUUCUGUCUUCCCUGACUGACUGGGAGGAGCUCAUAAAUGAGUGGGCCAACAUCAUGGACUCUCUGACGGCAGUGCUAGCAAGAACUGUGUAUGGGGUGGAAAUGACCAACUUACCCUUGGAUAAGCUCAGUGAACAGAAAGAAAAAAAGCAGAGAGGAAAGGGUGGCGUUUUAGAACCUCAAAAGACAGCUGUAGUGGGAAGAUCUUUUUCAUUAAGCUGGAAAAGUCAUCCUGAAGUUGUGGAGCCCAUGAGAUUCAGAAGUGCCACCACGUCUGGAGCUCCCGGAGUUGAGAAAGCAAGAAAUAUUGUUCGCCAGAGAGCAACAGCUAAGCGAAGCCAGUCUAUCAGCAACUGUGUUCAUCUUUAUGAGGCUUUGCCAGCUACUAAAAGUGUACCUCUUCUGCUUCACACUGUGAGCUCUCUCUUACCUGGUAUCUCUUACACUUCUUGCUCUCACAGACUGUCAGAAGUUGAAGAAUCUCAGCAGUCGGAAACUUUGUCAGGAUCAGAAGCUACAGGCCUAUUUGUAGACCAAGAGCAGCAGCUCACUCGGAGUAGCAGCACUUCAGAUAUUGCAGAUCAAUUUCCAUCUGAUUUUUUUCAAGGCAAAAAGGCUGGGAGUUCUCAUAAUUUGACCACCUUAGACUCCAAAUCAAUUCAGGAAAGCAAGGACUGUAUGAAGAAGGAACAUGAAGCUGAGCAAGUAUUAAUACAAAGGAGCAGUAGUACAGCUGAAUUGGAUUUGAAAGGAGACUUGCAGCAAACACAUGGAAGCCAUAGGGAGAGAGAAAAAAGUGAAAGUGUUAGCAGUGACACAUCCAUUGGGUAUAAUAAUGAAGUAGAGAUUGCUCUCAUCCCCUGGCAAGCCUCUGAAGAAGAACAGGAAGUUAAUGCAUCAACAGAUGUCUGUGUGGAUCCUGAUGCACCUCGCUGGCUUCAGCUUAGUCCUUCAGAUAAUGCAAAUUUGACAGACAGCAGUGAAUUCCUUGCUGAUGACUGCAGUAUAAUUGCCGGUGGAAGCCUCAUCGGUUGGCAUCCCGAUUCUGCUUCUGUGUUAUGGAGAAGGAUCUUGGGAAUUCUUGGAGAUGUGAACAAUAUACAGUCACCUAAAAUUCAUGCAAAAGUUUUUGGGUAUCUGUAUGAGCUGUGGUUUAAACUUGCAAAGAUAAGGGAUAACCUUGCUAUAAGCGUGGACAAUCAGUCUACUCCCUCUCCUCCUGUCUUAAUUCCUCCUCUCAGAAUAUUUGCAUCGUGGUUGUUCAAGGCAACCACCCUGCCAAAUGAAUAUAAGGAAGGCAAACUUCAGGCAUACAGGCUGAUCUGCGCUAUGAUGACGAGACGUCAAGAUGUUCUGCCUAAUUCUGAUUUCCUGGUUCAUUUUUAUUUUGUGAUGCACCUCGGCUUAACAAGUGAAGACCAGGAUAUCUUGAAUACUGUCAUAAAGCAUUGCCCACCUUGGUUUUUCUUCCUGGGCUUGCCUGGCUUUACAAUGCUGAUAGGAGACUUCAUCACAGCAGCAGCCAGAGUGCUGAGCACGGACCUGCUGGAGGCUCCUCGUUCAGAAGCUCAUACCAUCCUUGGGUCUCUUGUUUGCUUUCCAAAUAUCUAUCAAGAAAUCCCACUAUUGCAGCCCAUGUCAGAAGCUGGUGAGAUCAUUGCGGGAAGUGCCGAUGUGAAGUGCUACCUCAUUAAUAUUUUACUGAAGAAUGCUACAGAGGAGCCAAGUGAAGCUGCAAGAUGCAUAGCCAUUUGUGGCCUUGGAAUUUGGAUAUGUGAAGAACUAACGCAGUGCACAAAUCACCCUCAAGUGAAGGAAGCAAUCAACGUCAUAGGUGUGACACUAAAGUUUUCUAAUAAACUGGUAGCUCAGGUAGCCUGUGAUGUUCUUCAGCUGCUCGUUUCUUACUGGCAAAAGCUGCAGGAGUAUGAAUCAUCCCUGUCCAGAAAAAUUACUGAAAUCCUUGUGGCCACUAUUGCUUUUCUUCUGCCAAGUGCUGAGUAUUCCUGUGUGGAGGCAGAUAAAAAGUUUAUAGUUUCAUUGCUACUUUGCUUGUUGGAUUGGUGUAUGGCAUUACCUAUGAAAAUGCUGCUGGAGCCAGUGUCUGCUGGUGUCCUCGAAGAUCAGCACGCAUCCAAAGCUCCCUUACUGGACUAUAUAUACAGAGUUUUGCACUGCUGUGUGAAUGGCUCCAGUACGUACACCCAGCAAAGCCAUUACGUGCUGAGCCUUGCGGAUCUGUCUUCUGCUGACUAUGACCCAUUUUUGCCCCUGGGGAAUGUCACAAGCUGUGAGCCAGCCCAGUGCCACUCUGCCACAGAUCUGGGCAACCUGCUCACUGUUGCCGAAGAAAAAAGGAGAAGGAACUUAGAACUAAUACCUUUAACGGCACGGAUGGUUAUGACUCAUCUGGUGAACCAUUUGAGCCACUACCCACUCAGUGGAGGUCCUGCCAUUCUCCACAGUCUCCUUAGUGAGAACCAUGACAACUCAUAUGUGGAAUCCUCUGAGCUGUCAUCAGAAGUCUUCCGGAGCCCCAACCUUCAGCUCUUUGUGUUUAAUGACAGUACUCUUAUAUCAUACCUCCAAAUUCCUGCAGAAAAGAGGAAAGACACUGAGCCAGCAGUAGCCCCCUCGGAUGUAAGGGUAAUUGUCAGAGAUAUCUCAGGGAAGUACUCUUGGGAUGGCAGGAUAUUGUAUGGACCUUUGGAGGGCUGCCUUCCACGUCAGAGCGCAGCAGACUCGUUUGUGAUAUCAAGCAGCUCUGAGCACCACUUCAGUUCCCAAAAAGACAUUUCUCAGGUGGAGGAAGGAGAAGAUGCUCUUGACAAAUUACUGGAGAAGAUCGGUAACACUAGUCCUGAAUGCCUUUUACAUCCCCAGCGGAAGCUGAACGAGCCAUCACCGCCACCCUUUGGAAUGAGCUGCGACCAAGAGAAUGCAAUCACUGAAGCCCUGAUGAGGCAAAGUACCCAGGAAAAUGAGUAUAUUUUAAAAUGCAGCUCAGACUUUAAUAUGAAGGUGGCCCAUCAGGAAGAACCACGUCCUGCUGAACCUCAAGCGUCCUUUUAUUUCUGUCGGCUGUUGCUAAAUGACUUGGGAAUGAACUCCUGGGAUAGAAGGAAGAGCUUCCACCUUCUUAAGAAAAAUUCAAAAUUACUGAGAGAACUGAAAAAUCUGGAUUCUCGCCAAUGCCGUGAAACUCACAAGAUUGCAGUGUUUUACAUUGCAGAAGGACAGGAAGACAAAUGUUCAAUACUGUCCAAUGCCAGGGGAAGCCAGGCUUAUGAAGAUUUUGUUGCUGGACUGGGUUGGGAGGUUGAUCUCUCGACACACGGUGGGUUUAUGGGCGGUCUGCAGCGCAAUGGCAGCACUGGGCAAACAGCACCCUAUUAUGCUACCUCUACCGUGGAAAUCAUUUUUCACGUGUCUACAAGAAUGCCAUCAGAUUCAGAUGAUUCACUGACCAAAAAGCUUCGUCACUUGGGAAAUGAUGAGGUUCACAUCGUCUGGUCUGAACACAACAGGAACUACCGCAGGGGCAUAAUACCAACAGAUUUUGGAGAUGUUUUAAUUGUUAUUUAUCCGAUGAAGAAUCACAUGUUUUUCAUAGAGAUAAUGAAGAAACCAGAGGUGCCGUUCUUUGGUCCUCUCUUCGAUGGAGCCAUCGUGACUGCAAAGCUGCUGCCAAGCCUUAUAUGUGCCACGUGCAUCAAUGCCAGCAGAGCCGUCAAAUCACUUAUCCCUCUCUACCAGAGCUUCUACGAGGAAAGAGCUCUGUAUCUUGAAGCAAUAAUCCAGAACCACAAAGAAGUAAUGACGUUUGAGGAUUUUGCCGCUCAGGUCUUUUCUCCCUCUCCCAGCUACUCCCUGGGUGGAACUGGCUGCCUCACCACCAGCGCCAGCGCUGACCUCGCCGUCCCCGCAGGAGCAGAGCCAGCAGAGCCGACCUCAGCGCCGCACAGCGCUGGGAGCAGAGCCUGCGGGAGGCUCCGCCGCUCCGCCAGCGCGCUCAGCAAGGCUCCCAGCUGACACCCUCCAGGGAACCCCCAGCCACGCACCAGGCUCUGCCCCUCACCUAAAGGAUCCCCCGCUUGGGAUGGGCAAUUGUUGGAGGGGAAGGGCAGCAAGCACUUCUACCCCACCUCACUGCACGAGGGCACGAAGCAGUGCUGAUGCCCAUUGCCUGACGUCGUCUCAGAGCACUGAUUUCAGUUGCUCCCAUCCUGUUUCCAGCAGCCAUCCGAGGCAGUUGUUGUGCACAGAGCAAAGAACUGGUGAUAAUCAGAGAGGCAGGAGGCUGCUGCCCGUGUCCUAAAAUGGCAGCACCUGCCCUGAAAUCGCCCUGUUUAAUCGUGCUAUCUUGUUCAGGGUCAUCCAUCACCACCUGUUGUGGAGCAGCCAUUUCCACACUGAGGAUGCUGUGGCAGUGCACAAGCUGGGCUGCCCUCUGUGCUGCUGCACCAGUGCAGGGUGAGCCUUCCCCUGUCCCCACGUGUGGUUUGGAAAGGAGUCCUUCCUCAGCCCUGCCCCAGGGCUCCUUCAUCCCUCACAGUAACGCUUGUGGUGGCUGUGCGAUGCGAACUGCUGGCUGCACAAGGAGAAGCACUCAGCCACGUUUCCUUUGGAAAAGCAAAUGCUGCACAUCUGCCUGCCUGCUUCUCACCGGGCUGUGACUCACUGCGGGACGGCGCUGCCCACCUCACCACUUUGCCUUUACACAACACUGGGGCAAUAAUCCGCAAGGGGAAGCAUCUCCGAUGGGUUAGAAUACAACACAUCCGAUGGCUCCCGAGGAGAUGUAGCGUCCUGUUGGCACUCGGUGUAGCAAGCAAAUCUUUUGGUUGUGAAAUGUAUCUCACUCUGCAUGUAUCACAGGUUUCCGGGGUGAAAACUCCCGGCUCCUGCAUAGCUUUGGAUUCGGAAUGUUUGGGACACCGGUGUUGCAUCAGAUGCCUCCGGCCUUCCUCGUCCUCCUCAGGUCUGACUCCUGUGUUCAGCUGUUGUUCACUUGUUGUGUUUUGGGGGUGUUUUGUUUUUCGAAUGCCACUCAGCCUUUAAGCGCACACCUCUGGACUCGAUGUGAUGUAUCCAAGUGAUGGGGACUGAAGCAAAAUACGCCACUGUGCCACCUGGUUUUGCACUUCCUACACACGAAGUUCUGCUGUCGUGUCACCGCUCCGUGCUGCUGCAGUGUGGAUGCAGAGCCGUGCUCCGGGCACUGAUGGUGGCUCCCCUUCAAGUCCGGCUCCUUGCAGUGGUGCUGCAGGCACGGAGCUCCGCGUGCUGAGCACUUGGAGGGCUGCUCCGCCUGCCUCAACCUUUGCUUUUGUUCUCCACUAACUGGGGAGGGGGGUAAGUUGGAAAAUGAAACGUGUACUGUAAUUUAUUAAGUUUCUCGCAAUGGAAUACGCGAGGCCGCCUCGUUCUUUAGCUACCCAGUGGUCUGACAUCAUUUCAAAGGCGUUCUGAGUAAAAUGAGCUGUUUCUCUUUGGAGCAAUACUCAUCCCUCCUUCGGGAUGCCAAAGCUGCCAUCCCAGCCGGGGCAACACCGGGAGCUGGGGGAGAACAUGGAGGGCUCUGCUGGGCCGAGUCCUGAACGUUGCUUCUGUAUGGCUUAUGGACAGCUAACUCAGAGCAUCCUCACCUCUUCCCUGUGAAUAAAAACUGAUCACAGCA